GCUGCUUUAACAUAUAAACUGUAAUCGACUCCGCUGCGCUUCGUCGGAGUGCGAUGAUGACAACAAUGCCGUCACUAAUUCCCUGUUCCAGUGAAAUUUCCCUGUUCACAAUUUUACGGGCAUGGCGAAUUGAAUAAACUCUAGUUUGUCAUCUUGAUCGCAGGAGGGACAGCUUCAUAACACACAGGGCUUUCUGCGACGCUCUAGCGGAAGAGACCGCGAGAGUGACCAACGCCGCCUCCAUUGCCGGAAGCGCCGACUACCUUCUUCUCCAACAGGGUUUAAACGCAAAUCCAAACGCGUUCCCCCAUCUCACGCCUCCAACUCAGUUUAAGCCUAACGCUGCCAGCAUUAAUCAAUUUCUGGACACGGGACUUGUCGCCGGCGCCUCCACUUUGUACGGCGACCUCAUCGGCUCGAACCCGAGGCGAUUCGAUUGGAUGCAGAGCAACAAGUUCCAACUGAGUACGUCGGAGUUCACUACCUCCGCUUUGCCGACCGCAAGCAGUUCCAACAGUGCAGUCGAUUUAUCGGCGAGCGCGCCUGCGCUGUUCGCCGCCGCCUCUCUGCAUCACCCGCCGGCGCCGGAUAUGUCGGCGACGGCGUUGCUGCAGAAGGCGGCGCAGGUUGGGGUGACCUCGAGCAUGGGGUUUGCAGGGAGCUUUGAGCCAUCACCAUACAGGUGCCAGAGCACGGCCGAUGGCAGCAAAUUCGACGGAGUGCUGUUCUCUCAGAAUCACGCGAGCAUGCUGAAAGACUUCCUCGGAGGAGAGACCAGGGAUUUCCUGGGCGUCGGCGUUGGACUGCAGUCUCUGUGCCAUUCGUCAGUCGACGGAUGGAUUUGAGGUCGCUGCAGUGACAAAACGACAGCGAAUUCAAAAGGCAUGCAAAAGCAGAUCCAUGUCCCUGUUCUUUUACUAAGCUCUAUAAUUGCCCUUUCAACUUUUGGAAUAUUUAUAGAGAUUGGCUUUGUUAGUGUCGAGUUGUGGAGUACAAGGGAUCGUAGUGGUGUACAUAAGCAUGCAUGUUUCUACUUUCUAGA